AUGUUGUCCCCGGAGAGAGACACAGCAGCCGGCGAUUCGCAACAUGUGUCUUCAAGCACUGCCCAGCACACCCACGUUCAGUUUGCCCCCCAGGCACUGACGCCCACGACGCCUUGGACAUCUCUCCAUGACCCCGUGCCGCAUCUUUCUGAGGCCUCGUCCACAUCGCCAGCCGAAACCUGGCGACUGGAUCACUUUGUGUCCGAACCAGGCUACCUCGAGUAUCAAGAGGAGCUUCGCUGCCUCAUCUUCAACACGGCCCAGACUGCCGCGCCCACCCGUGAAGGCACCCCCGAGCCUGGCACCACCCUUCCCGAGGCCCUUCCGUUGGUGCCCUCUUUUCCGAGCCCCUCAAAUGACGCUGCGAACCGCCGCCAGGCCGCUCAAACCCUGGCAUCGCCUCGGCGUUUAGAGUUCCUGAAGAAUUACGUUGCUGAGGUCGCUCCGUGGCUCGACAUGUUCGACAGCGACCGGGCCUUCGGCAUCCAGGUCCCAGUGCUUGCUCAGUCCUCACCUGCCCUUCUCUACGCCGUCCUGGCCCUCUCGGCUCGCCAACUGGAGCGCAAGGAAGGCAGACAGUCCUCUUUCGACAGUCUCGAACUCUACCAAGAGGCCAUCCGGUUGCUCACACCUCUAUUGCAGGUUCGUGAUCAAAAGAUUAUCCCCAUUUGCACAAUUCUCUGCUGUAUGGAGAUGAUGUCGGCGAGUGCCCAAGAUUGGAGGAAGCACCUCGAAGGCUGUGCUGCCUUGUUCGACUCAUUCAACGUUCACGGCUUCACCGGGGGUUUAUUGCAGGCUGUAUUUUGGUGUUAUGCAAGGAUGGAUCUCUGUGGUGCCCUCAUUUCGGAUGGAACGGAGAACACUCUUCUGCAACCUUCGAAAUGGCUUCCUAGUGGUGCUACACACUCUGAGGCUGUGGACCUGUUUCGCCAGUCCACUUCGCCGGACAUGUACGCCAACCAUGCCGUCUACCUCUGCGCCAAAGUAUGCGAGCUUGUCGCAGACCGCACACGCUUUUACGAGCUUGGCGACGACACCAGCGUCAACCCUGACGACCUGAACGACCGCUGGCUCCGUCUGUGGGAUGACCUUCAGUCAUGGAAUCUAAAUCGGCCGCCCGAAAUGCUCCCUGCUCAGACCAUCCAAAGCACGCCUUUUCCCCAGAUCCUCUUCCUACACUGGGCCGCCAUAUCCUCCAACCAGCUCUACCACACUGCUUGCGUCCUUCUCCUCGGUUCCACGCCACGCCCCUCGAAUCUGAAGCUCGGCAUUAGCGGCUCGGCCGUAUGGCAUGCCAAGCACAUCUGUGGCAUCUCCCUCGCGAACCCGCACCAGGGCUGCUUGAACAAUGCAAUUCAGCCUUUGUGGGUGGCAGGGCGUCUUCUGAGCCACAAGUCCGAGCAUGCCCUUCUCGUCCAGCUGAUUCGGAGCAUCGAGGCCAUGACGGGAUGGGGUACAUGCUGGCGGAUUGACGACCUGGAGUCGGCAUGGGGCUACAAAGUCCGCGGCAAAAGUUCGCGCAUGACCAACCUCACGGUCUGA